AUGACGACCUCUUCACGACCUCAAGCGGACGGCGAGCAGCACAACACGCUUCAAGACGAACAGUCGCCGCUUCUGCCUCGCCAUGAUAGACGCAAAUCGUCCAACACAGCAUCAAGCUUGGGUUUCGGUUCCUUUCUGUGGAGACAUGCGUUCUCGCCGCUGCCCGAGAUCGAGUCGAGUGGGGAGGCGCUUCCGUCAGCCUAUUUGCCACCCUUGCUGCUUCAAUGCUUGAUUACAGGCCUUGCUGAUGCUAGCACGUUCACUCUCACCAAAGCAUGGGUCGGCUUUAUGACCGGCAACAUGGUGCAGAUGAUCAUCAACGCCUUCGACGUGCUGCUUCCAUCCGACUCGAACGCCGACAACGACGUCGGCGAAUCGCGCAAAAAGCUAUACUCAAACAUAAGCAGUCUGUUGGGUUUCGCCAUUGGCUGUCAAAUCACUGGCAUUGUUGUGCAGCGCCUCUCCACCGACCGAACGAAGCGCAUCACGUUGGUCCUGAUCUCCAUCUACAGGUCGAUAGUCACUCUGUGUGUCAUAGUUUUGGGCAUGUACUCUCCAGCCUUCCGUCUGAGUGGCUCGCUAGGCUGGCUGGUCAUAAUGAUCAUGGCAUCCAGUCUAGGCAGUCAGUCCACCUACACAACCAGCCUGUCGACACCCUUUGCCAACACGGUCGUGUUUACGGCCACAUUGACAUCGGUAGCAUCGGAUCUGCACUUGGUCACGCUGCAUCUCAGUACGAUGAACUAUUUCAAGCUUCUGAGCAUGUUGGGACUCUUUGGUGGUGCUGCCCUGUCGCAGGUUGUGCUCAAAGUUGCGACGGCAGCCUCGAGGCGCGACAAACACGAAGCAGUGCAGCACGCCCUCAUCGUGCUCUCGGGUAUGGAGCUCCUCCUGGGCUUGUUGUGGUACUUGUGUGGGAUCGUUUCGCAUUGGAAGCAGUACAGAAGAAGCGCUUCAGAUGGUUCAGGGAAUGGAGGAGGUGACACCGAUACAGACCGACAGUCCUGA